GAAAACAUCUCUCUUGGUUUUAUGCACCUUGAUGGUACUCUGUGUAUCCAUUAUGGCUGUGUCUGGCUCCUUCUUGGAACAAAUUGUGGAAAUGUCACUUUCUGAUUCUAGAAGUUUCAAGUCGGGUGGUGGUAGCUCUGGAGGAGGUAGCAAAUCUGGAAGCAGUAGCAGCAGCUCUGGAAAGUCAUCCAGUAAGUCAUCCUCAUCCUCCAGUAAGAGUACUAGCUCUAGUAAAACCUCCACUUCAAAGAGUUAUAGCAAGUCAACUGUCUCAUCAAAGAUGGCCUCAGCUUAUUCUCAAUAUGCUAACAGUAGAAUUGCUGGUAUGAAGAAUCCAGCCAGCACCAUGGCUGGUCUCAAAGCUGCCAAUUUGAAUGCUCGUUUAAGUGCUCAACCAACUGCUACUGUCAAUGGUAAAUUGACUGCUGCUGGUAUCAAGGCCUCUUAUCAAAAUCGAUUGAAUACAAGAGUUGCUGCUGCCUAUCAACAAUAUGCUCAAUCCAGAAUGGCUGCUGCCAAACCAACUGCUAAGCCAACCAAUAUUGCUGCAGCUUAUCAACAAUACGCCCAAUCUAGAAUUGCUGGUAUGAAGAAUCCUGCUAGCACUUUGUCUAAACCAACUGCCAAACCUGCCAAUAUUGCUGCUGCCUAUCAACAAUAUGCUCAGUCCAGAAUUGCUGGUUUGAAGAAUCCUGCCAGUACUCUCCCAGGUAGUUUCAAGAUUGAUAAGGGUUUGCUUACUGUUAAUGAAGGUAAACCUGCCACUACUGGUUACGUUCCACAAUCCAAGGCAGGUACUGUCAUUGGUAAAUCAGGUGUUACUGUUGGUACUGGAUUCGAUGUUGGUCAACAAAAUGUUAAGGGUUUGAAAGCUCUUGGACUUUCACCAAGUUUAGUCGACAAGCUUUCUCCAUACACUGGAUUGAAGCAACAAGCAGCUAAGGACUUUUUGGCUAAGAAUCCAUUGUCCCUAUCGCCUGCUGAAGUUGCAUCCAUUGAUAAGGCAGUUAUGGACAAGUUUUCUGCCAAUUUGGCCAAAGAUUAUGCAGCUGCUGCUGCCAAGAAUCCAACUGCUGUCAAGAAUUUCAAGGAUUUGCCAGCUCCUGUCCAAUCAGUUGCUUACAGUGUCUACCAUCAAUAUGGAAGCUUCUCCAAGACUCCAAGCUUCAUGAACAAGUUGGCCACCAAUGAUUACAAUGGAAUGGUUCAUGAAUUGAGAAACUUUGGUGAUUCUUACUCAACAAGAAGAAAUCGUGAAGCUGAUCAUUUGGAAAGUGGUUUGAAGGCUGCUUCAGGAUAA